AGGCUCUAAACUUUAUGUUUUUAGGCUUUGGAAGAAAAAGAGCCUCAGACUACCUGUUUUAUACUUAGCAACACAGGGGAAUGAAGUGCCUAAACACAUUAAACUUCUCAUUUGGGGAGGGGGUGCAGUUAGGAUGCAGCAGGCUAGUCUCUUCCUAAAAGAAGUUGGAACGGUUUAGUGGAAAGAGUACAGGACUUGGGAAGCAAUUUUAAAGUGCCUACUAUGUGUCAGACACAGUACUAAGCGCUGGGAAUACACAGAAAGGCAAAAAGGCAGUCCCUGCCCUUAAGGAGCUCAGUCUCUGGAUCUGUCGUGUAAAAAGGCACCUCUCUAAACCUCGGUUUACUAAUCUAUAAAAUGGGGGUGAUUAUUUUUUUCCGUUUAACUCAUUUGGGGGGCGUUGUGAGCCAAUUAUUUUAAGUGUUGUAUAAACGUGAUUUAUCGUUCCGCCCCCAGCCUUCCCCACCUCUUCACCAGAAGUAAGCCUUGGAAUACUACUGCAACUGGCCACCGCUGUAAAGUAGUCUUGGCGACAUGACCCACCUCCUUUCCAGCUGUGGCCAAUCAUUGCUCGACGUUCCAUUCUCCUUGUACGCCCAACGAGCCGGAGAACCUCUGGCCGAUAGAUGGCGCUGUCCUCAGCCAUUCCCUAGUUUAGGGUCGGCUCUGUUGAGUUUGUCCCAGCCGUUGAUCCGUAGGUUUCUCGUCUCUUCCCUCCUCACCCCAACCCCCCACCCUGGUCUUCUCGCGCGCGCGUGCGCUCUGGGACAGGCGCGUUGCUGCUGCCAGAGUCGGAAAAAAAUCAUGUCCUUCUUUUGGUCGCUGAGAAUUUUUCAGCAUUUGGGGUCCCGGAGCCGGCAGCUGCACCUGGGGUCCCACCUCCUCCACGCGGGAGCCAUGGGGCCCGAGGCCGCGUCCCGCAAGGAACACCUGAAGAAGCUGAGGCAGAAGACCGGCUACUCCUUCACCAACUGCAAAAAAGCGCUGGAAACUUGCGGUGGCGACCUGGCUCAGGCAGAAGCUUGGCUACAUAAGCAGGCCCAGAAGGAAGGAUGGAGCAAAGCUACUAAACUUCAGGGAAGAAAAACUAAGGAAGGGCUGAUCGGAUUGUUACGGGAAGGGAAUUCAGCUGUAAUGGUAGAGGUGAACUGUGAGACAGAUUUUGUUUCUAGAAAUGUAAAGUUUCAACAACUGGUCCAGCAAGUGGCCCUUGGAACCAUGUUGUACUGUCAGAGUCUGAGGGAGCAGCUCUCUACAUACAACAAGGGUUUUCUAGAGACAGCUGAGCUCUCUCGGCUUAGAGCUGGACCUAAUAGAGAAGACUCUCUCAAGGACCAGUUGACAUUAUGUAUUGGCAAACUGGGAGAAAACUUGACUCUUAAGCGAGCUGCGUGGGUGACUGUUCCACAUGGAUUCUACAUUGGUUCCUAUGUACAUGGAGCAGUGCACAGUCCCUCUCUCAGUAACAUGGUACUUGGGAAAUAUGGUGCACUAGUCAUCUGUCAGACAUCUGAAGAGAAAUCGAACCUUGAAGACAUUGGUCGACGACUUGGGCAGCAUGUCGUGGGAAUGGCUCCUUUGUCUGUAGGCUCGAUGGAAGAUGAGCCUGGUGGAGAAGAGGAAACAAAAAUGCUUGCCCAGCCCUAUUUGCUGGAUCCUAGCAUCACAUUGGGACAGUAUGUAAAGCCCCAGGGUGUGUCUGUGGUUGAUUUUUUGCGGUUUGAAUGUGGAGAAGAUUUAGGGGCAGCAAAAACAGAAUAGACUCCAGGGACAUUCUGGACCUUAAAAAUUAUUAACUGAGCCACUCUACAUCCUGAGCAGGGUUGGUUUGAUCACUGUUUCAGGAAUACAUGUGAGCUAUUUUUCUUUGGGGUUAUGGUAAAACUGAAAAGGUAAUUCAAUGCAGCAGCUCUAAAUAAAGAUGCUUCCCUCCCUGUA